GAAAGAGUGAGAGAGUCUGGUGGGAGGAACAUGUGCUCACUACAUGCUCACUGUCUUGACAGAGCAUAUCACUGUUUGCCCAGAAGCCCAUACAUUUUUAAGAAUGACACCAGCAUAAAAAAAGGCUACCUAAUCUAAAGAGUAGAAAGGAAAAGGUUUAUGGUAAGCAUUUGUUUUAUCGAUGUUCUAAGGUUUUUAGCAGAUAUUCUCACUGAUUCUGCUCUUGCGUAGACUUCUCAUUGAAGUGUGCGGCAGUCCAUAAUUGUAGACAUCUGUCUUCUGAACUGGACAACACAGCUUGAGUAUUCAGAGUGGGACCGUGUGUUUCCUACGAAGCGAACAACAGCUGAUAGUGAGUAUCUUGCGGGCCUCGGUUACCUUGAGCGGUGGAUUUGUAGCACUUUGCGAGCAGAUGCAUUUGGAUGAGAUGACUAGGGAGAUCCAUGCAAAGAGAUUUAGCAGGACUGGGAUCAGGAGAUCUUCCUCAACCACCUCGUUCUUCUCCAUGGCUCUUGCUGCACCAACUGUUCCAACAGUCACACUGACCAGCCGUGGAGUGGCCCCGGAUAAACGGACCCUUCAUCGAUUGGCCCUUCCACAAAAGAGUGCAAGUAGCAGAGGACAGAAGGCUGGAACGAUGCCAGAUUCACCUGCUGAUGUCAAAACCCAGCCCAGGUCGACUCCACCCACAAUGCCACCUCCACCCCCUGCUGUCAGCCAGGCAGUCAAUCGCAACGCAUCAUUCACACCAACAACAAUGUUGAACGGGAGCAGUCACUCACCUACAGCACUAAAUGGAGCUCCUUCAACGCCUAAUGGCUUCAGCAAUGGACCGGCCACCUCUUCCACGGCUUCCCUGCCCACCCAGCAGCUUCCCCCCGCCUGUGGAGCCCGACAGCUCUGUAAACUCAAGCGGUUCCUCACCACGCUACAGCAGUUUGGCAACGACAUCUCGCCAGAGAUCGGGGAACGUGUACGCAGCCUGGUUCUUGGGCUGGUGAACUCAACUCUAACCAUUGAAGAGUUCCACUCCAAAUUACAGGAAGCAACAAACUUCCCUUUGCGGCCGUUCGUCAUUCCAUUUCUCAAGGCUAAUCUACCCCUCCUACAAAGGGAGCUGCUUCACUGUGCACGAAUGGCUAAGCAGACCCCAGCACAGUAUCUGGCCCAACACGAGCAGCUUCUGCUGGACGCCAAUGCCAGCUCUCCCCUGGACUCCUCCGAGAUCCUGCUGGAACUCAAUGAGCAUGGCAAGAGACGUACCCCGGACAGGACCAAAGAGAGUGGCGGCGACAGGGACGGCUUGCAUCCGGAACACCUGGCCAAACGGCCAUGCACGGUGAGCCCCAGUCAGCGCUUUAGUCCUAGCAGCGGUCUGCCUGCCCAUCCUCCUCCUAACGGCCUGCCCACACACCAACCCAAUGGCCUGCCACAUCCCAACCCUCCCGCCCCACAGCAUUACCGCCUGGAGGACAUGGCCCUCGCCCACCACUACAGAGAUGCCUACAGACAUGCAGAGCACAGGGACAUCCGAGAACGCCACCGACAGACAGCCAUUCAUGGAGCUCGUCAAGAGGAAGUGAUUGAUCAUCGGCUCACAGACCGCGAGUGGGCUGAAGAAUGGAAGCACCUUGAUAACUUGCUGAACUGUAUCAUGGAUAUGGUAGAGAAGACGCGGCGUUCCCUCACCGUACUGCGACGCUGCCAGGAGGCCGACCGCGAGGAGAUGAACCACUGGAUCCGUCGCUAUAGCGAUGUGGAGGAUAUGAAAAAAGGUGGGAGCUCCACCCAGCGACCUCCUCCUCUUCCUCCCCACCAAAACUCCUCCUCCUCCAACACUCCUAACAGCAGCGACACACUGCCGCUAGAAAUCCACAGAGACUUUCUGCACCGGCCGCCAUCAGGCUACCUGCCCGAGGAGAUCUGGAGGAAGGCGGGUACCACAAGUAUCCCGCUCUCACCAGCACUAAAGCAACUGCAAAACAAGCAGGAGGAGGCCGUGAAUGAGGUGAAAAGGCAGGCCAUGUCUGAGCUGCAGAAGGCUGUGUCUGAUGCCGAGAGGAAAGCUCAUGAGAUGAUCUCCGCUGAGCGCACGAAGAUGGAACGAGCACUGGCCGAAGCGAAGCGACAGGCCUCUGAAGACGCACUGACCGUCAUCAACCAGCAGGAGGACUCUAGUGAAAGCUGCUGGAACUGCGGUCGCAAGGCCAGUGAGACGUGCAGCGGCUGCAACACAGCACGCUACUGCGGCUCCUUCUGCCAGCACAAGGACUGGGAAAAGCACCAUCACGUAUGUGGCCAGGGCCUGCAGGGUCUGCCUGGGAACAGCAGCGUACCACUCGGGACACCGUCUACCAUCUCCAGCUCCUCAUCCAGCGCGCCCCCCAUGCACUCUGAGAGCACUCUCCCAGUACCCCUCUCCCUGGUCGGGCAGUCCAGCAGUGGCGGAAGUCCCAAGGAAGCGAGCUCCAGCAGCGUGUCCCGCUCAACCACUCCAGCCACACCCGCCCUGAUGGAUUCCUCAUCCCGUUGACAGAAGAACCUCCAAACAUUGAGCCCCACCCAGCCACGACUACUGCUGCUACAGCAUCCUUCAUCCAAAACAAGCUGAGGAACCGCCACCAUAUAUACCCGUCCUCUUGGACUGUAACAACUUGGCUUUCUUAGCUACUUUAAGCUCUUGUGUUCUCCAAAAAACCUUCAUGAGUCAAUGCUCACAAUAAGUGAAGGGUGUCCUGUGCUUGGUUAUUAAACACUAGGUCAAUUCUACUGAAUGCCACCAAUACAGCCAUUGAAACAUGUUACGUUUUAAUAACGCAUAAAGCACUGACAGUUUUAGGCAUGGCCUCCAUAACCUACACCCUUUAAGUGAGGUGUGCUCUGUGGGUAUUGGGCGGCACUAUGUUUCAAACACUUUUUAAGGUGCAAGAACUGAAUAUAGUGGGUUGGACACCAGUGGCUUCUGUAGAAACUCUUCCACCACAGAGCUACUUCCUCGCAACACAUCGCAUUUCAUUGUUUUGGCUUUAAUUACUACAAAAGAAAAGUCCAAAAAUUCACUAGAAAUAAUAAUGAUGAUUCUACUACUAAUAAUAAUAAUGAAACCUGUUAACUACCUUGCUAGCGAGCCAAGAAAAUCUACACCAGACUCACCUCUCUGUACUGACGUGAACCCAAAUGAAUUUUAAGUGAAUAAACAUGAUCCAAACCUUUUUAUUACACUGCCAAAGUUACGAAGAAGCACUCAUCUUGUAACCAAACGCAAACGACUUCACCUCCGUAGCAGUAAAGCCAGCCUAGACUUCCACAGGCUGUGGUGACGUCGCAUGGUGACCAGACACUCAAACUUUCACUGUGCACACCAUGCUGCCCUGACCCAUCACUACGGGAUGGGAGGAAAACCGCUCAGAUGUUUAAAGCACGUCGGCCGUUUGCGCAAAGAGAAACGACAUGAAAACGAAAGAGGCGAGGAUGAGUUAAACGUUGUUUAACGAUGAGAUUGGCCUCCAAGAUCUGAAAGACGAAUGGCAACGGAACUGCCAAAAACCUCAUUGGAUUGUACACUAAGAACUGGCUUUUUCUUUGGGAACUUUUUAUUUGGUUUUCCUAAUGCUCUCAGAAUGCCGAGACUUGUCUUUUUGUUGUACGAUUUUAGUCUCGCUCGUUUUCCAAAGCAUGACAAACAGACUGUAGAGUCUUGCGAGACUGCCGUGGACUUGAUUCUCUUGUCUCUUGCUCUGUCUACCUCCCCCAUCUUCUAUAUGUCCAUCCCUUUUGUGUCCUCCCCAGCUCCCAAGAACCUUUGAGCAGAUAUCCAUGAAGGGAUCAAAUGUUGCUUGUAGAUAUUACUUUAUGUUUCUGGAUGUCUUUGUCUUCAAAAUCUGCUUGUGAGUGAACGAGAAAUGCUACUCUUCUUUGUCUUCUUUUAUGUUUCAUCCGAACAUUGGACAGAAAAAGACACUCUAAGUGAGAGAAACCGUGUUGUACCUAUUGUUCGAUUUGUUGUAUCCAUAUUGAUUAUGAGAAUCCUCAUGUAGAAUAUUUUAUAUCACUCGCAUUGUAAGACAGUGAGAGAACAGAGGUGCAAUAUGAAAAAGAGAAUUCAGCUACUGAAUGAAACCUCAGAAACGGCCCUUAGGGUACCUUAUAAUAUAAAUAUACAUAUAAAUAUAUCUUAAAUUACCACAGUAAAUUAAUGUGAAUGUACAUAGUAUUUAAAAUAUUGAGGUCCAAAAAUGAGUUUGCCAAAUAACAGAAACCUUUAAAGUAUAAUGUCUAGACUCUGAUUUCUCUCCAUUUAAUCUGUUCUGUCUGAAGCAAAGCAAUUGUUACGAUGCUGAUAAUUUUACGAAGCCUGCAGAAUGUUUGGGAUCUAGAUAAACAGAUGAGCUGAUGGAAGCAUUGAGUGAUAAAAUUUGUAGCCAUAAGCGUGUCGAAAAGAGCGCCAACCACAAUAGACUGACCUAGCUCAUCCCUGUUGAGAAGUUCCAAUACUGGAAUUCAGGAAGGGAAGUUGCUAGAAUCUGUGUUGCCAUCCUUUGGGCCAAAGUGUCUCUGCAGUGGUCCAACGUGUAAUUUGCACACAUACAUACACAUGCAUGCACAUACAAUCACAAAAUCAAACAGUAGAUUAUCCUUGGUCUAAGAGUUUGAUGCCAGAAUCUAACUCAUUGAUUUGUCGACCUACUCUACAGCACACUGCAAAAAAAUUUAAAUAAAUAAAAAAUAAAAAUAAAAAAAUUCAUAAUCGGUAUUAUCUUGAUUUCCAGUAAAAACAUCCUUAAAGAAAAUACAUUUAUUUGAGAAAACAAAAUUGUGCAAGAUGUUAAGACUUGUUCUUAGAGAAUAUAUCUUACUUGUUUAUUAUCAAUUUGCAAAUGGGUAAUACAAUUUUUUAUUUAUUCUAUUAUAUUUUCUGUAAUAUAUUUUAGAAAUAUUCUCUGAAAACAAGUUUUAUUUAACACAAUUUUGCUUCUCGGGUAAAUUUUGAUUUUUACAGGAAAACAAGGCAAAAAUACCAAUACCGAUAAAACAGAUUAAGAUUUGUUUUUGUUUUGUUUUUUCCGGCAUAGUCCAUCUCAUUCAGCCCAAGUGGCUGUGUCACAUGUGUACAUGCAGUAGCUAGCUACGAAAGUGCUAGUGACAAAUAUGCUACUGUGACAGUGUUCACUUGGCAAGAUCUGUUGAUUACAUCGCUUAUGUUUGUUAAGGGUUGUUCGUAAAGGCAACUGCAUUAAUCCUUCAGAGUAAAAAUCUAGUGAGUUUUGCUGCCAGCUUACACGUGCAGCCCUGUUUACAGCCUUUGUUUUGGUCAGUCACGAAUUUCUGCUUGCUAAUUUCAAUUUGAAUCUGAGAUUUUGCAUAUUUGCUAUCCACAAGGCGUACUUCUGAUAUGGACCAAACUUGAAAGGCAUGUUAUUUGCUUCUUGUAUUUUGCUAUUUCUUUAGCCGUUUAAUGCUAAUUUAGUGAUGUGCACUGAUGGUUUAACUUAUCACAUAUGCGAAUAAUCAAUUUUCUUAUUGGAUUUCUUACUAAAACAUCAGAUGUCUGAUAAAGAAUGUAUAUCUCACUCUCUCUCCCUCUAUUUUGUAAAGAAUUUUUAUCUAACCAUCUUCUUUCCCAACUAGCUACCUCCCGUAAACUAAUCCAAGAGAAUCUGAUAAGCUUAGAUAAGGAUAUUGCUAGCAGACAUGCAAAUCCAAACUUUCAUCCUGCUCGAGCUAAACACAUGCAUAACAAUGUGUAGGUUGUUUUACCCACGUUUUCAUGCCUAUUGUCUCUCAUUCAAGUAUGUUACAUUUGACUGAGUUGUACCAACAAAGCCCUUUUAUUCUUUCUUGGGUAGUCACAAAAAAAGUCAUACCAGAAACAUACUCUACACAAGUGCGCAAAUUUAGAUGUGAAUGCUUAGCCAAGUGCGCAGUCCCAUUUUACGUAAUUAGCAUGCAUUAUUGCGUUACUAUGGCACUAACAGAUCUUAGUAACAAGGGGGCGAUAGAGUUACCUCAAAUGUUUGUCAUUUUAAACCAGCUAGCUAUAAACAUGUAAACUGCUUAGCUAACUUUAACUAACUCAUUUAGCAAGAUUAGCAUCAACCUGUUGCUCCGCUAUGACAGAAGUUGGCCUGAAAGAGAAAAGUGAUCAUAGAAGACAUCAGUUUACACUAAUGCCUGCUAUAGCGCCCCCUUGUGGCAACAAUGAGUAUUAUGAUUUUCUUCCUUUGUAAAGCAAUAACACAUGAAAUCGAGCUUGUGUAGCUAGAAUCGCUCCUGUAUUUGCAUGGAGUAUGUUGUAGAGGUCAACUAACAGUGGAUUUUACCGAUGCCGAUAAUUAAGGUGGUGGGAGUGGCUGAUAACUGAUCUUAAAAUCUAUACAUAGAAUGUCAAAAAAUUAUUCUUUAUUUAUUAUGGCGGGCAAAGACAGAGAGUCCGAAAUGAAUAAAAUCCCAGAUGCAGUUUUUUGUUCAACCAAAAUCCCAAUAAUAACAAGAAAAAAAUGAUGAUUUGAUGCAUAACAUGGGACUUUUAAGUAUAAACAAGCCUGAAACACAACGGGGACUCUUAUUUUGUAAUAAUGAUUGAAGAAAUGAUGGAAAAACUAUCGGCAUAGAUUUUUGCAGAUAACCAAUAGCUCCAAAAAGCAGCUGUCGGCACCGCUUAAUUGGUAAAACCGAUAUAUCGGUCAACCUCUAGUAUGUUGCGUCUUUUCCAAUGCAGUAACACAUGAAAUCAAUCUCGCAUAGCUAGAAGUGUUAACGUACUUGCAUUAAGUUGUUUCGUCUUUUGGAACACAGCAAUGCAUGCAAUUUAGCUUGCGCAGCUAGAAGCUCUUAUUUACCCGGAGAAUGAUGUGUUUUUUGGAACACAACAACGCAUAAAAUCAAGCUUGCGCAGCUAGAAGCAUUCACAUCCUUGCGGAGAGUAUGUUGCAUCUUUUGGAACACAACGAUAUAUGAAAUAAAUCUUGUUUAGCUAUUAACGUCCGCGUAUAUGCAUAGACAAUUGCAUCUUUUCAAGCCCAACAGUUCAUGAAAGUGAGUUUGCUUAGCUAGAAGCAUUCAUGUACUUGUGCAGAGUAUGUUGUAGAGUUUUUUCAGUGUAAAAGCAUAUCUCAAUAAAUAUCCAAACCAAAUAUUCAAACCAAAGCAUAACUGUACAUUCAUAGAAACAUUUGUUGGAACAGUUUGGACAUGUCGCCUGAGAAGCAGAUAGCCGACUAUGGCCAUAAACCAAAGCGUACAAAAUAACAACAUUCAAAGCACAAGACAACAGCAAAUACAUCGGGAAGAGAUUUGUAGUGUUAUUUUAAACCAGAAGAGUGCUUGUUCCUGUAAAUCCAAAGCAUCAGAUACUAUUACAAAUCUUCUAACAUUUAAGCCAGCCUUGCUCAAAGAUUUCAUUGUGAGAGUGGAUGAGUGUAUGAGUGAGUGAUUAGGAAAAAGAGAUACUUUCUAUUCAUAAUUUUGCUAGAGAAAUUACUUGAAACUCCAGAGCUUUAAUACAACACCCUUGGCAAAGCUAUAGCAAAUUAACAUCCAUAAACUCCUCGUACCAUUUUGAGCUUUGCAUGUCAGCUAGUCCUUUAUGUUGACAUCAAAUGUCUGUGUAUUCCCUGCUGAUAAAAUAAAAACACCUUAAACCAGCCUUAGUCUUAAACCAGCUAAGACCAGCAAUCCAGCUUAAGCUUGUUUAAGAUGUUUAUUUCAGCAAGGUUUGCAAUUUUUUCGGCCAUUCUGCUUCUAACCAAAAUCGAACCAAAAACGAGAACGUGCGAAUGCAUCUUCCACUGUGUACUGUAAUUAUUUGCUUUAAUAAUUUAGCCUUCAUUAUCUAAGCUUAUCUUUGGAUGUCUGGAUUCUGUCAACUUUUGGCUUUGUCAGCGGACUCAUGUUGGCUAAUGUCUCCGUUCAAUAAUCAACACAAAGAGAGAGAGAGAGAGAGAGAGAGAGAAACUACUUCCAUUCAGCAAACACGCAAUUGAAGUAACAUGUAUGUUGUAGCUUAACCCAUUAACAUCUCAAAGGUCCUGCUGAGAAGACAAAAGACAGCUUAAACCAGCCUAUAAAGCUCAGUCUGGUCUAGUUUGAUGGUUUUAGGGGGUUUUGGGCACUUGUAAGCUGGUCAGGCUGAGAGUUUCUUUUAGCAGGGGGUGUUCAUAAAAUAUCCCUGCGCAUGAUGACUUUUUUCUCAAUAAUGUUUUUAUUUUCUUUAUUUUUUAUGACUAUAGCAUAUAUAGCUAUAGCAUAAGUGUAAAGCAAAAAUUCAGACUCAUUAGAGGGACCUUUUAUCAGUGGGCACACAAGGCUCAUUGGGCCAUGCAUUGAACCUCCAUGCACGAUAAACGGCAUAUUUCAGAUAUUUCAGUCCACAAACAAAGACUUGGUUUGAUACAUUUAGGCAAACGUUACGUACUGUAUUGUGCAAUACAUCAUUCAUUACAGGAAAAGGCAUUGUUUCUGCAGGACAGGUUGAUGUGAUGAAGAAAAAUGUUUUUCUGCUUUCUCUUUCAAGGUCCUGUUAUCAUUCUCUAGAUGACGUGAACUGUGUCAGGAGAAGUUUAAUUAUGUCUUGCAUGCUAUUCUCCCCUCUUUUGCAAUCUCCCUCACCCUCUCUUACUGUGCGCUUUGUUGGACGUGACGCUGUAAAGAUUCUAAAUCAGGUUAAUGUCUGUGUUGAGAUACGUAUCUGUGUAAUUAAAAAAGACAGUGAAAAAUUA